UAUGUCUUAUGCAACAUAAAUUUGGUGCCGAAACCCAUACAUCGAUUACAUUGGUUUUUUUGUGAGCUGCUAGAAAAUUAUCCCGAGGGCCAACGCCGGCAUAGUUGCCAAUUGCAGUAGGUAUUAUGGCUACCCAGGUUUGUGGUGACACUAAUAAACAUAAAACCAAACUAUUACAAGGACAAUGCAAGGCCGCUAUAACACGAUGUGUUACUUUUUUGGACAAAAAGUCAGACCCGAGUGUGUUUGAACUGACGAACCGACGGAAGGCAGUUGAAGAAGCGUUCGCGCGCUACAACCGGCUGGCGGACGAGGCCAUUUUGCAAGGCCAAGAGGUGUUGGACGGUGAAGAGGAGUUUGAGGAGCGCUAUUACGAAGCCCUCUCCCGGAUCGACGCUCUUCUGGACCGCUGCAGCAGUGCUUCGCCGCUGGGGUUUGCGAGUGCCGUGGACGUUUCGACGCCGCUGUUCGAGACCACGAGGCUGCCUCCGAUAGAAAUCCAAUCGUUUGACGGUAACAACGUCUGUGCAUACAAGCCAUUCAUCGAGCUUUUUAUGGAAUUAAUAGGAAAAAACUUUAAGUUAUCCAAUGUACAAAAAUUAUAUUAUUUAAAGGGCUAUUUAAAGGGCGAGGCCUUAAAUCUUGUAAAUAAUUUGCCUCUCAUAAACCAGUCGUAUCAUGAUGCUAUUGCUUUGUUGAAUAGGAGAUACGACACUAAGGGACUAAUGAUUAAAACGCAUAUUAGUACUAUUUUAGAUCUACCUAGUAUUACGCGUGGCACUGCCCAGGCCAUCCGUUCCUUAGUGUCACAGAUUUCGCAGCAAAUGAGCGCGCUACGUAGCUAUGAUGAACCCGUUGAUAGCUGGGACUCCAUAUUGGUUUGCAUCGUGAUGAAGAAAUUAGAUUCACUGACUGUAAGAUUGUUUAGUGCAGAGCAGGACUUUUGUAGCAUGCCCAGUAUGGAGUCGCUGCUGAGUUUUCUAGAGAGACGUGCUAUCUCGCUCGAGGCUAGCUCGGCUUGUGACACGAGCCGUACAGAAAGGGCUUCGAUGUCUUUUCAUAUUUCCACGUGUAAUACAAAACCUAAUCCAAAGUGUAAUAAUGCAAAAUCAACAAUGAUUCCUUGUUUAUUGUGUAGAGAUAGUUGUCACAAAUUAUACAAAUGCCCUACUUUUUUAUCAAUGAAGCUUUCAGAAAGGCUUUCACAUGUAAAUAAUUACAAUUUAUAUGAUUCUCAAGAGUACUCAUCACCCGAGGACGUGUGA